AUGAUGACCACACCGGCACAAUACAUUUUCUCGGGCAACGACCGAAACGGCAGCCGCGACAGCAGCACCGACCACUUCAGCGUGUCGCCUCUGCCAGUCGAAAUGUCGUUCGCGUUCGACCAGCCCACGUCACCCGCGAGCACAAUUGUCGACGGCGACGGCGACCGUGGUGACGACCACAACGCGAUGGACUGCGACUUUGAAUCGGUGCACGGAAAACUCAACGCGCUGGAUCUGUCCGACACCGACAUGGAGGACAGCGACAGCGACAGCAACUUUGCCACCGACAGCGCGCCGUCGUCUCCCUCCGCAUCGUCCUCAGAAGGAUCCGAAGGAGCCAAUGACACCGACGACAUCGACGAAGACGACCCUAUCCCGCCGCUCGAUGAUGACGAGGAGGGGGAGGGGGAGGAGGGUGCCGCGAUCGCUGCUGCUACCGCAUCGAGGAACAACCCGUGGAUUCCACCGCACUUCAUGUCGCCCCAGUACGAGACGUGGCUGGCCGCACAAACGCCGAACAUAUUCUUCACGCUCAAGGUCAAGCCGUUAGUAUUGGGCUCCAUGAUCGCCGCGCACUCGAUCCGGCUGUGGUAUCGCGACUUUGCCUCGCGCGAUGCGUUCCUGCAGGCUGUAGUUGACGAGUAUAAGUUGCUCGAUGUGACCGAGAUCAGCGGGUUCGUUAUCAAGGAGCGCCGCAGUAGGGCGUGGUUGGAGUUUGGCGCUGAUGAGGAUUCUUGGAAUACUGUCCUGGACCGCAUCCGUAAUCGUUACGCAGAUGAGAACCUGACCGGCAGCGGGAUGGCUGUGAGGGCGGAACUCAAGGUGCUCGUGGGCGGACAGGAGGAGGUGCUGUGGGGCAAGAUUGUCGAAAAGGGCAAGUUCGCGAACGGCGAUCUCGAUGAUGAUCCCGACCUGUAG